ACAACCAAAAAGUAGAGUGGCGAUUUCCGCAUGUUACGGCGUCGUUCCGCUGUUGAAACACGACUAUCUGCAUCCGGUAAAGAGUCAACUAUCAUCAUCUUCUUUGUUAACAGACUUCAUUCAAUUUAGGGUUUCCAGAAUCUUCUACCGGUGCAACCGUACAUCUCUGAGAAAUGGACGUUACUCCGGCGACUUCCGGCGGCGGUGGACCGGCGCCGUUCCUAAUCAAGACGUAUGAGAUGGUUGACGACUCCGUCACCGACGAAAUCGUGUCGUGGAGCACGAAAGGAAACAGUUUCGUCGUAUGGAAUCCACCGGAGUUUGCUCGAUUAUUAUUACCGACGUAUUUCAAGCAUAACAACUUCUCUAGCUUCAUUAGACAGCUUAAUACUUAUGGGUUCAGAAAGAUCGAUCCUGAAAGAUGGGAAUUCGCCAAUGAAGAAUUUAUCAAAGAUAAAAAACACCUGUUGAAGAACAUUCAUCGAAGAAAACCUAUUCACAGUCACAGUAACAAUCCUCAAUCUUCAACAGCCGACCCUGAAAGAGCAGCGUUUGAGGAACAAAUCGACACACUUACACGUGAAAAGAAUUCACUCGAGAAGAACAUUCAAAGGUUUAAACAACAACAACCCAGUACAAAACUUCAACUCGAAGAUCUUACUCAACGUGUCAACAAUAUGGAACAAAAACAAGACACACUGUUGAACUUUUUAAAGAAAGCAUCUCAAAAUCCCGAAUUUGUCGAACGCCUUGCUCAAAAGCUCGAGUCCAUGGAUUUUUCAGCUGAUAACAAGAAACGAAGAUUGCCCGGGUCUCGCGUUUCCCCUGAAGAUAGUCUUGUAGACAAUCACAGCCCGUCGAGGCCUGAUUUCGGGAAUGUUUUUCAUCAUGAUUUUUCAAACAAGCUUCGGCUCGAGUUAUCACCAGCCGUUUCCGAUGUCAAUUUCGUCUCCAACAGCACUCAAAGCUCAAACGAAGACGGUGGAAGUCCACAAAUCAGAUUAACCGAAGACUGCCGAACGAAUAAUGAGUUGACACCUGGCGGGCCUCAAGAGCUUUCAGACACCUGCACAUCGUUUGGUUUUAACAUGGAAUCUUCUUUCAUGCACAAGACCGGGCCGUGUUUAGAUGCUAAUGAAGAACCCGAGGGCCAUUUAUCCUGUCAAUUGAAUCUCACUUUAGCAUCUUGUGUAUCUCAAAUCAACCGGAGUCCAGAUACAGAUACAAUCCCUGAAUCAUUUGAGGGUGUUGCAAAACCUUCAGGUCAAAACGUGAGUUUAUCUUCUGCACGUGAUGACCCGGCUAAAAAUGCAGCAGCGCCUGCAAGUGUUCAGCCUCGGGUUAAUGAUGUGUUUUGGGAGCAGUUUUUAACCGAAAGGCCGGGGUCGUCGGAUGUCGAGGAUACGGGCUCGAAUUUAAGGUCAAUGGCAUAUGAACAAGAGGAUAGACGAUCGGGCCAUGGGAAUUCUAGGAACUUGCGAAAUUUGACUCUUUGAGCCUCCAGGUUCUUCUCCCUUUGUAUAGACUUAAGUAUAUUAGUCUAUAUAUACUUUACUUUCAUCUGACUUUUAUCUAUAUGUUAGUCUAUAUAUACUUUACUUUCAUCUGACUUUUAUCUAUAUGUUUAAUAAGAUGUAAACUAAAAGAAUAUUUGACAUUCUGCGCACAUUAGUGUAUUCCGUUAGACUUGGUUGAUGUA